AUGUUAGCAUCAGAGAGAAACAUAACAUUAGAUUGCUCAAUAGGAAUCUGCGACCCGAUUUGCCCUUACAACUGCUACCAAGAACCAGACUACUACACCAUAUCUCCACAGCUACCUCCAUGGUCAUCUCCACAGCCAAUCAAAGCUCCAUCUCCAUCUCCAUCAAUCUCAGCCGUUUAUCAACCAUAUCAAAACACUUCAUCUUCCAUUGACGCCAUAACCAUCAUCGCCGUUACAGGUGCGGUCUUAGCCAUCCUUCUCACCGGAUUCUUCCUUGUAGCCAAAUACGUUUCAAAGGGCGUAAACAGAGUCAACCACGGAGGAGGAAGAUAUAACUCCGGCGAUUACGAAGACGACGACACGGUGGAUGAAGAGUUUCAAGAUAGAGAACAAGUGGAUCAUCCGAUCUGGCUAAUCAGGACAACGGGUCUGCAACAAUCGGUCAUAAACUCGAUUACGAUCUGCAGUUACAAGAGAGGAGAUGGUUUGAUUGAGAGAACAGAUUGUCCUGUGUGUUUGAACGAGUUUGAAGAAGAUGAGAGUCUUAGGCUUUUGCCUAAAUGUAACCACGCCUUUCACAUCUCUUGCAUUGACACUUGGCUUAGGUCUCACACAAACUGUCCUCUGUGUCGUGCUGGUAUUGCGAUCAGUGCUGCAACUCCACGGUGCUCUGUUCCGGUCGAUGUAGUAACUCCUGGAGGAUCAGGAUCUCGUGAUGGAGUUGGUGAAGAAGAUCAAGAUCGUGAACAGAGCGAGAACAGAGGUGAGUUAGGGGGAGAGAGUGAUGAAUCUGGUUUUAAGGAUACAGAUCGGAAUUCUGAUGUGAGGAUUGAGAUUGAUGGAUCUGUGAGCGAGAGUGAUCGGAAUUUAGAGCAAAUCGACGGCGAUGGAUCCGAAACAGAGUCGAAAGAGAAAGUUAGGGUUUUUGGGGAGUGUAUGGAUCCAAAUGGAAGAGAUACUAUUGAUUCUCUGUCGCCGGCGAAAACUCAUCAAGAAAGUUUUGAUUUUCCGCUGGAGUCAUGCGAGAAUCGAAGUGAGGGCUUCACCGGAGAAGAGAACAGAGCCAUCGGAGAGGAAGCAAGCUGCUCCGAAGAAAACGGUGGAGACAAUGUGAAAUCACGGAGAAGUUUUGAUUCCGGUGAAGCGAACGGCGAAGCAACAGAAGAUGCAGGGAAAAGUCAGUCAGGCGUUUUGUUGAAGACAACAGGAAGCUCUUCGAUGUCAUGCUUCAAUACAACAAACAAGAGUUCGGUUUUUCCGAUUUAA